AUGUGCAACGUUUCAGUGAAAGAAGAGGAAGACGUUUCAGUGAAAGAAGAGGAAGACUCUUUCAGAGUGAAAGAGGAGGUGGAUGUUACAGUAAAAGAAGAGGAGGAUGCAGUUUUGGAAGGGGAGAUUACUGUCGCAUUGAAAGAUGAAGAGGUGGAGAGAGGAGAUCUAAUUAACACCAGAAAGAGACGGGACUACCAUGGAUCCUCUGGGGAGCCUCAACAACCUCAUGAUGCUGACGAGGCAGAGAAGAGUCUCUCCACAUCAGAACUCCUCAAGAAACACCAACACAGACUCACAGGGAAGAAACCUCAUUGCUGCUCUGACUGUGGGAAACGUUUCAAAUAUUCAUCAUACCUUAAAAUUCACCAGCGAGUACACACAGGAGAGAAACCUUAUAGCUGUACUCGAUGCGAGAAGAGUUUUACUCAUUCAACCAACCUGAUAUCACACCAGAGAACACACACAGGAGAGAAACCUUAUAGCUGUGAUCAAUGUGGGCAGAGGUUUACUCAGUCAGGUGCCCUGAAAUCCCACCGUAAACUACACACAGGAGAGAAACCUUUUAGCUGUGAUCAAUGUGCGAAGAGAUUUAUUAAGUCUAGCAAUCUGACAGUACACCAGAGAAAACACACAGGAGAGAAACCGUUUAGUUGUAAUCAAUGUGGGAAAAGUUUUAUUACAUCUAGAGAUCUGACUGUACACCAGAGAACACACACAGGAGAGAAAUCUUAUAGCUGUGAUCAAUGUGGGAAGAGUUUUAUUACAUCUAGCCAUCUGACAACACACCAGCGAGUACACACAGGAGAGAAAUUUCACCACUGUUUAGAUUGUGGAAAAAGCUUUUCAACUUCACAUACUUUGAAGAUGCACCAGAAAACACACACAGGAGAGAAAUCUUACAGCUGUGAUCAAUGUGGGAAAAGUUUUACUCAGUCAAGCUCCCUGAAAUCCCACCAAAAGUUACACACAGGAGAGAAACCAUUUAUCUGUGAUCAAUGUGGGAAGAGAUUUAUUAAUUCUAGCAAUCUGACAGUACACCAGAGAAAACACACAGGAGAGAAACCCUUUAGUUGUAAUCAAUGUGGGAAAAGUUUUAUUACAUCUAGCUCUCUGACUAUACACCAGCGAGUACACACAGGAGAGAAACCUCACCACUGUUCAGAUUGUGGAAAAAGCUUUUCAAUGUCACAUACUUUGAAGAUGCACCAGAAAACACACACAGGAGAGAAAUCAUAUAGCUGUGAUAAAUGUGGGAACAGCUUUACUAGGUCAAGCUCCCUGAUAUCCCACCGUAAACUACACACAGGGGAGAAACCUUUUAGCUGUGAUCAAUGUGGGAUGAGGUUUAUUACGUCUGGCAGUCUGACAGUACACCAGAGAACACACACAGGAGAGAAACCUUAUAGCUGUGUUCAAUGUGGGAAGAGUUUUACUACAUCUAGCUAUCUGACUAUACACCAGCGGAGACACACAGGAGAGAAACCUUAUAGCUGUGAUCAAUGUGGGAAGAGAUACUCUGAUAAAAGUUAUCUGAUCAAACAUCAGAAAAUACAUACAUGAAGGAGUUGUUUCAUGACAUCUAUGAAAUAAUGUCACAAUGUAGAAUGUUUUAACAUUGUAGGAGUAUUUUAAUGAUGUCUUUAAUGUAGAACCCUAAACGUUUGCCCCCUGUUAUAUUGAUUUCAGCAUGAUAUCAUGCUAAUGCCUUAGGGGGAAAAUCCAGGCUCUCUAUUUAUAUGAUUUAACAAAAAGUGACUAACAAAAAAAGUUGUUACAUUUACCACAUUGGUGACCCACUUGAAUGAAAAUGCAACACUUCAAAAUGUAGAUAGCUGAUUUCUGCAAAUUGUCCUCUAACCAGUGAGUGAUGUACACAUUAUUCCUAGAUUCCGUGUGGUUUUUGAGCUGUUAGUUUUAACGGAGACAUUACACUUAAACCACAUGCGUCUGUGACAGAACAAAUGAUUUUAUUAACCUCAAUUUGGUGGAUAUUUAACAAUUAUUUACUUAACAAAACAGUACGAUAUUACUGUCCUGCUAAUUCGGAGUUUUAUGGUGUUCAUUCUAGCUUCCUGCAGCUAGUCCUUGGGUGUCGAGGACAUGGGCUUGAGAUGGCUUGAAGCUGACGAUUGAUGUCUCGGUGAUUAAAAACCAAACAGCCACAUUCCAAUACUAAGAUUAGUGGUACAGGUGAGACAUAUGUCUCCGGUCUGAUUGAGCCUGCAUCCCAUAGACAAUAUAUGGUGUAUGUUGAGCUGGGAUAGAGAGGAGUAGAACAAAGGACUCAAUGGUCCUGAGACAUCCUGGCAUCUGGGAUAUUAGGCCAUGGUCGGGGGUUAAUAUAACACCAGGUGCAAAUGAAGACAGGAUGAGCCCAAAGUGGCUUAUAUGGUGCCCCCCAAUCUAGAUGGGAGGGGUGGAACCAAGCAUUCUGGGUAUUAGCUAUAUAAACUGUGCGUUGUCAAGGGUAGAGGCUCACAGACUAACAGUCAGUUAAGACUGUUGGGCUGACGGUUUCAUUAUUGCAAUAACUAAUCAAUGUUAAAUAAAGAUGAUUGUUUUAAGAAAUG